GCGAGGUACGUAAUGACGUAAUCGGCGGCAUAUAAGCCGUCUAAACCGUAAUAAAGCAUCGCCGUGAGGUACUCAAAUUUUUAUUAUUGAAUGACGCUCGUUUGUAAAUAUUUCGCACCACGUUUGGCACGAAUCCCACCUCGCAAUAAUUUUAAGCGUCGUGUUGACCCUGGUUACGCUGUUUGACGAAGGUGCAUAUAUUGUCGCGCUGAAACGUGGGUCAUUUAAAACUAUCAUCCGCAUGAGCCUAGCUUACCGCGUGGAUUGUGAUUAUCUGACAUGCGUCGUUCAGCUGUCGGCACAACGAUGGAACGGCGGAUUCGGCUGAAAACCCUCAACAACCAUAUCGUCUGCAAGAUCUGUAAGGGGUACCUCAUUGAUGCUACAACAGUUACAGAGUGCCUCCACACAUUUUGCAAGAGUUGUCUCGUGAAGCAUUUGGAGGACAACAACACGUGCCCCACCUGCGAAAUAGUGAUUCAUCAGAGCUACCCUCUGCAAUACAUCAGUUACGACAGAACCAUGCAAGACAUCGUCUAUAAGCUAGUGCCAAACUUGCAAUACAAUGAACUCAAGCGAGAAAGAGAAUUUUACCGGCGGAAAGGCCUGCCCUGUCCCAAGGCGCCGGGAAUGUUAAUGGAGAAAGAAUCCUCCAAGGCCUCCUCUUCGAAAGAGGAUGAGUCUGACUGUCACAGGUCGGACGAGCAAGUGAACAUUCUCCUCGAGUCUGACAGCUCCCAACUAAAGCCCAUGCGACGCAAGUUUAUCCGCUGCUCCUCCCAGGCCACUAUCACUCACCUCAAGAAAUUCAUCGCCAAGAAACUCUUGAACAAUCUGGAGCGGUACAAAGAAGUGGAGAUCCUUUGCAACCAGGAAAUCCUUGGCAAGGACCACACCCUCAAGUUUGUGUACGUUACUCGAUGGAGGUUCAAGGAUCCCCCACUGAAGCUGUAUUACCGGCCAAAGAUGGAAUUGUAACUUAUUUAUCUCUGUGUACAUAGCGUGUAAAUAGAUCCAUUGUUGAAAAUAAAUGAAUGUGCCUUUA